GUGUAGACGAUGGAAAAAUAUGGCGGAGGGUGGAUUGGGCAUUAGUUCAGCAAAGAACACAUCCGAUGUUCAGACUUCAGAAAUCAAUUCUUCAAACAAUGGCAGCAUUUCAGAUAUAAAGGGGCAGCUGGUUACAGGUAAAUCGUUCGUUCCGCUGUGUAAACACCUCACUGAUGUGGGUAACUACUCCUACUCAGCCCUGUGUGCGAUGUCACUUCGCCUCCUCUUUGAGGAUCUCUGGCACAGGAAAUUUAAGAAAGAAACUUUGAAAAUGAUCCUGAAGUAUAUGGAUCAACCAGAGCAGGUGCGUGUGUCUAUUGAAGCGUUACUUGAUGGACACGGUAUGGACGAGACAUCUCCGUAUAUUGAACUUCUUUUAGAUGAGAAAUACCUGCAGAAAAGUGGAGAUCUUGUCAUCACUGACAUGGUUGCCAUGGCAGUCAGAAAUGGUUGCUAUGACUCCCGACUGCGAGUCCUGAUUAAACAUGUUGCCUGGCAGCUGCACGUGACGUGGGAUCGUCUUGAAGACAUAGAGAGUUGUCUCGCCCUGGCUCUAGACGACAAACAGUAUGAACAGACUCAGGAGGAAAUUGCUGAAAAGAAUAAAGAACAAAGGAAGAGCAAAGCUAAAAGAAUUGCUUUGAUUGGCUUGGCUACGGUUGGGGGCGGAGCUUUGAUAGGUCUGACGGGCGGACUGGCUGCUCCACUGGUCGCGGUAGGAGCGGGGGCCAUUAUUGGCGGUGCAGGGGCGGCUGUGCUGGGCUCGACGGCGGGGGUCGCCAUUAUCGGAUCACUGUUCGGGGCGGCAGGAGCCGGGCUGGCAGGUUACAAGAUGAAAAGACGAAUGGGUGAGAUCGAAGAGUUUGAAUUUGAGCAGUUGCCAUGUGACCAGUGUCCAGACAUGUACCCCAGCAAACAGCUGCACAUUACGAUAGCGGUGACUGGCUGGGUUACUGAUGAACAACAAGAUUUCCGGUUGCCAUGGCGAAUGCUUGCAGAGUCGAGGGAGCAGUACUCACUGAAGUGGGAGUCCCAGUACCUCCUACAGCUAGGCACUGCGCUGGACUACAUUGUCACAGGGGCCGUUUCCGUGGCAACACAGGAAGCACUGAAAUACACAAUACUCUCAGGUAUAAUUGCCGCCAUUGCCUGGCCUAGUGUGUUACUUUCUGUGGCCAAUGUGAUUGACAAUCCAUGGAGUGUUGCUAUGCAACGGGCUCACUCAACUGGCAAAAAACUAGCAGAGGUUCUUCUCGCCCGAGAACAGGGCAAACGACCAGUAACCCUAAUUGGGUUUAGCUUGGGAGCCCGAGUAAUCUAUACGUGUUUGAAGGAAAUGGCAAAGAGAAAAGGUUCAGAUGGAAUCGUAGAAGAUGUCAUACUAUUGGGAGCUCCGGUGUCAGGGGCUCCCCAAUUCUGGGAGCCUUUGGGGAGAGUUGUUGGUGGGAAAAUUAUCAAUGGAUAUUGUAGAGCUGAUUGGUUGUUGAAGUUUCUCUAUCGCACAGCAUCUGUUCAAAUUAGAGUUGCGGGCCUUGGACCAGUGAGAUGGGAGAAUCGGCGCAUGCACAAUAUUGAUCUCAGCGAUGUGGUCAGUGGCCACAUAGAUUAUUUAAAUCAGCUGGACACGAUUUUAAAAGUCGUCGGAGUUAAGAUGAAACAUAAUGCUUCAUCGAGAACUGAAGUGGAGGAGAGUAAGAACUCUAUCUAUGCAAACACUGACGCUUCUCCUGUGCUGAAGUCGCGUCUCAUUCCAAUGAAGGCAGCUACUCCCGUGGACGAAGAAAGUGGCUUGAGUCUCAACUUGGAUGAACUCACAAGUUCCGAUGACGAACUCACGAGCUCCGAUGACGAGAACAAGGCUUCAGAGUCGCCCACCAGGAGUCCACGGGCUUCCGAACUGAAAGACUCCAUCGAGAAAGACUACAAAGUGAGUCUGUGUAAAAAAGGAUCACACUCUUUCGUAGUGAAGGCCAAGAUUUCAACAUCGAGUGUCGAAUCGGAUAAGGAUUUAUGUGAUGAGUCUCUGAAAGAUAUCGAAGUGAAAAACAAGUCAAGUAAUAAAAGCGAUGUUUUCGGUCAGACUGAAAUUUUGUCGUCGUCGGACUUUGAGAAAUGUCAAGUGACGGAAGAAGUUGACAGUUGUGAGGACGAAUGUGCCAACAUCGAUGAUUUUUACGAAUCGUUCGAGGGAGACAAUGUGUUGUCGCAGAAACUGUCGAAUGUUGAUUACUACCAUCUGACCUUUGAAGAUGAUUAAGUGAACACCCCUCUCCCAUGCAUAAGUUAUUGUCUUUCAUUAUAAACAUGUGCCAACAUAAUCGGUAUAUAUCGUGCCUCCUUCAGACUUCCAUUGAUGUGAUAAACGUUUGGUGUCAUCAUUCAGUUUGCUUGUCUUCAUGUAUAUUCACCAACGAUGCUGCAUGUCUAAAUAUCUUUUAUCAAGUUUGUUCUACAAAUUAUAACAUUGUCCAUGGUGUGCAGGAAUUUUAGCAGAAGAGUCUAGACUGGUGACUAAAGUUUAUAGGGGGGUGAAGGGGUUCAAAAUAUAUAAAAAGAAAUAUUAUAUUUUCUUGAUGGUGGGGAUUUAGACCCUUGAAAUCCUCCCAUGCAUAUGUAUCUGUUGUCAGGAGUUGCAUCCUCCCCUCCCCCCAGUAAUUGGUGUUUCAUAACUAAUGAUAUGAAGAAUCCUAAACAUUCACUAGUGCUUGUGGUUUACAAAUAAAUGGUGAGCUAUAAACAACUCUUCUGUAAUUUUGUAGGAGAGCAGUUACUCGUAAAAGCCACUAAUUUUGUAGGAGAGCAGUUACUCUCGGUGUAAAAUCCAGUCAUUUUGAGUAAAUAAAUUGGCAAUAUCAGCUUGAACAGAUUUCCAACCAGGCAAAAAUCAUUUUGCGCAAGCACACAUGAGUGGGGUCAUUUUCUUGUGACAAAUCAUAAAGACUUGACUUCACACUGUUAAAACCCAACCUAGGUAGGAAGCUGCACUGAGAUUCGAACCCUGGACAUUAGUAAUUAUAUUCAUAUUCAGUUGGGUUUAUUUACAUUAAAAAUAUUAACCACGUGCUGUCCUAUUAGGUGUGUACUAAAUAAAUAAUUUAUACUAUUGUGGCCUUUAUAGUAAUAUCCCAUUUCAUGUAAUAUCAGUCGGUGUAUGGCUAAUACUUCUCGACUAACUCGGCAGGACAUUAAUUCCAGGGCUAACUCUGCCACUCGCCAAAUUCGCCAAUUGCGAAUUUUAAAAACAAUUGGUGAAUCUUAUUAUAAUUUGACGAAAAAAUUACAUGUAAUAAUUGAUAUUUUGUUACAAAAUAACUCUCUUUUUGCUAUUUUUGAAGUUUUAUAGAUAAUUUGGCAAAAUAGUUUGCUCACCCAGAGAUAGCCCUGCAUUCCUUAUUGGAACACUAUAUUAUAAAUAUCUUUAACUCUUUGUUCAAUUUAUUAUUUAUAAUUUUUAACAGGAAAGACAUUUAAUUCUGCUGUGGGUUUUUUUAAAAAUGAUUGAUUGUUUUCUUGUUUUCUUGUUUAAGAUGUAACUACGUGUAAGUUCACUUCAGGUUUUUGUCUGUAUCAUAUGCUCAUCCGUUGUUAUCUCCUGAGAACGACUCGAACCCUAGGUCAGAAUCAGUGAUGCAUAUAACUUUAUGGUUUCUGCAUUUGUGUUCUGGGUUUUUUUAAUAGUUUACUGGAUGCCAAAAGAACAAGUGAAAAACAAAUGAAAAAAGAUAAUAAUCCUCCUAGUUCGCAAAUCCCAGAUUUUUAUUUCUUUUAUUAUAUUUUUGAUUGUCAUAUUGAAGAUGAUUAUAUUAAUGUUUCAUAAAAUUAUUUAUACAUUUAUAGUAAGAGCUUUCAGCUGAGUAUAAAGUAACUUGAGAUAUUGCCCAGCUAAUAGUUCUAGUGUGUUUGUUGAAGUUUUAGCUUUACUAGGUUUUGAAAACAUUUUUUUUUACUCUUUUUAUUUUUGAUUUUGUUCGGAGGCACAAAUGUAACUGUAUGUAAACAUUAUGAUGUAAGUGCUUAGUGGAUAUGGCAGAUUUGACCAAUAGACAAACAGGGCCAAAUUUUACAAAGACUGUUUUUCUUACAUGCAAUUGUUUAAACAUUGUAAAUGUUUGUAGUUGCAUGCGUGCGGGAUGAAACAGGUUUUGUAAAUUCAACCCCAAAGACUUGGAACAUAUGAUAUUAAAAUUGCGAGUCAAUGGAACAGACAUUCCAGCAAAUAAAUGUUUACUCAGCUGAUAGGUCUCAAGUGCGGCCUGCUUUACAGUAAUGGAAUAUUAUUGUUAUGUUAAAUUUAGUGUUAUGUUGAAAUACAGCACUUUGCAUUUUAUUUAUUGCUGUGUGAUUAUAAAAUAGUGCUACAUUUUGUUUAACAAUGUAUGGUUGUGAAAUAGUUUAGGAUAUUUUGUUUAUAAUAGUCUUAUCAUUAUUAUGUACAUGUACACAGACAAUAUUACUACAUAUCAGUUUU